AUGGCCUGUCCAGUCAUUUAUAAAACACCCAAAGUGAAGCUACAAGCUGCGCAUGAAAGGCACCGCCGUCAUUAUGCAAAAAAUAGAGACAAUAUUCUGAACAAACAGAGAGAGCUUUAUAGCUCGAAAACUAAGGAUCCAAAGGUAGACACUAAGGAGCUUUUGAAGGCUGUCAAAAAGCUUUGCAUCAUAAGGAUGGAGACAAAAUGCUUAUGCAUUCUCAAAGACACCAAGGACGAGAUGUUAGAAAUGAUCAGCAAUGACCCCUGCAAAUUCGUUGAGGGAGUCUUAUGCAACUAUGUGAAGAGUUUCCCUGAAGACUCCUCCACUGGUGAUAUUUCCAUCAUUGAAACAGCAAUCACUCAAGUCCAAGAGAUACUUGACCGAACCAUUCCUGUGCAAGAUGAAAUCCUGAAUUUUUGUGGAGUCUCACCCAAGUGGCACACUGCUGACUCAGUCACCUGCUUCUUAAGGACUGUGCUUGCAUAUCUAGAGGACAUCCAUCAAUACGAGUUUGCACUGCGUCCAUUAUACUCAGAUACAAUUGGAGAUUCACUCAUCUUGCUGGGUCAAUGGUGUCAUGCACUGCCUAUCUACUAUACUUGUGGGACAAGUGCGUUCGACCCUAAAGGAGAAGCUAGUGCAGCAAAGGUCUAG